ACUUAAAUUAAUGUAAACAAUACCUGUAAAUAAAUCACAAAAAUCAGUGAGACUGUAAUAGUGAACAUUUUUAAACAAAAUGUAUAAAAGUUAUUUUAAACGUUUGCAUCAGUGGCUGUACAUAAUUGAAAAGCAGAAAGAAGAAGGAACAAUACAUUUGAAAUUUUGCCUGGAUGAUAGAGGACAAGUUUGUUAACCCUAUACAAAACAAGGGUUAAAAAAUGGACUGCAGUGGCUCGGGGGUAGUGCAAGUAUUUGUGGGUGAAUGGAGCCCAGAAUAUGAAGCACUUUCAAUUAAAGCUACAAAACACACUUCAUCAGCUGAGAUAGUGGAAUGUAUUAUAGAGAGACUUAGUUUAGCUGAUGCAUCUGUUUCUAAUGAUUAUGAGUUAGCAGAAGUAGUAGGGAACUCUGUUGGGCAAGAAUGUAAAGAAAGAAGACUUGGACCAUCUGAGUGCCCUGUAGCACUUAUGUUGUUAUGGCCAAAAAAUGCAGCUCAACAAGAAUACUACAGGUUUUACUUGCGCAAAAAACAACCAGAUUAUUUGUGGUCAGAUAGUAGAUUUCCCAUGGAUCCACAGCUCCUCAAAGAUUACUUUGAUAGAUUCCUGUAUCAACCACGAGACAAGGAAUAUCCAGAUCUAUGUCAGCUUCCAGAUCUUAAUGAACAAACUCUAUUGGACAACCUUCGGGCUAGGUUUUUAACUGGAAACAUAUAUACCUAUGUUGGCAGCAUACUAAUUGCAUUAAAUCCAUUCAAAUUUUAUCCUAUUUACAAUCCAAAAUAUGUAAAACUCUAUCAAAAUAGAAGAUUGGGGCCUGAUAUACCUCCACACAUAUUUGCCAUAGCUGAUGCAGCUUAUCACUGCAUGCUUAAAGAAAAGAGAAAUCAGUGUAUUGUUAUUAGCGGUGAGAGUGGCUCGGGGAAAACGGAAUCAACAAAUUUUCUAUUGCAUCAUUUGACAGCACUUAGUCAAAAAGGUUCUCAUGGUAGUGGUGUAGAGCAGACAAUUCUCAGUGCUGGUCCAGUAUUAGAAGCAUUUGGAAAUGCAAAAACUGCACACAAUAACAAUAGUAGUCGUUUUGGCAAAUUUAUUCAAGUGAAUUAUAAGGAAAAUGGCAUGGUGCAUGGGGCUGUUGUACAAAAGUAUCUUUUGGAAAAAUCAAGAAUAGUUUCUCAAGGAAGAAAUGAAAGAAAUUAUCAUGUAUUUUAUUAUCUUUUGGCUGGGGCAAGUGAACAAGAAAAGCAACUCCUGCAUUUAGAAAGUUGUGAUCGUUAUAAUUACUUAAAUAAAAGUGGUUGUUAUGGACUUGAAAACGUCGAUGAACGACAUGAAUUUUCAAGACUGAAACAAUCUAUGGAAAUGGUUGGCUUUACACCAGAAAAGCAAAGACGAUUGUUUGCAGUUCUUUCAGCUGUUCUUUUACUCGGUAACGUUGAGUUUCAGCCUAGAAAAUCGUAUCAUCAUCAUGAUGAAGCUGUAGGAGUUAAAAAUCCUGAAGUAGUUGCAUUGAUAUCUGAACUCCUUAGAGUAAAGCAGGAAACUCUUUUGGCUGCUCUUACUGCCAAACGUGCAAGGGCUUCUGGAGAAACAUUAGUUAUUAACUAUAAGCUUCCAGAAGCAAUUGCGGCGAGAGAUGCUAUGGCCAAAUGCCUAUAUGGAGCUUUAUUUGAUUGGAUUGUACUUCAGGUGAAUCAUGCUUUACUUUCCAAGAAAGAUACCCUUAGAGAUCAUCAGGGCAAUAGUAUAGGUGUACUAGAUAUUUUUGGUUUUGAAGAUUUCAAAACAUGUAAUAGUUUUGAACAGUUGUGUAUAAAUUAUGCAAACGAACAACUACAACACUAUUUCAACCAACAUGUUUUUCAAUACGAACAACGAGAGUACAGAAAACAGGGGAUUAGGUGGACAGAUAUAGGAUACAGUGAUAAUUCAGGCUGUUUAAAUUUAAUAGAAGGGAAACCGAGUGGUCUUCUUUGCCUCUUAGAUGAUCAGUGCAACUUUCCGGGUGCAACGAACGAGACACUGCUACAAAAAUUCAAUUCAGUACAUAAAGACAAUCAAUUUUAUGAGGCACCACAACGACGUGAAGCAGCCUUUGUUGUACGCCACUAUGCAGGGGCUGUUAAAUACCAAGCUUCUAAUAUGCGAGAAAAGAACCUGGAUUUAAUGCGACCCGAUGGUGUUGUUGGUGUAUUGAAAAAUUCUUCCCUUGCUUUUGUUCGGGAAUUAGUGGGUGCAGAUCCGGUUGCUGUAUUUAGGUGGGCGAUACUUCGAGCUUUUUUUCGCGCUCAUUUUGCUUUCCAAGAAGCAGGCCGAGCACAUAGACACGGUCGAGCUGAUGGUACAAAAACGUCUAUACAGAACAGGUAUAGGACACCGAACGAGAAUUUGAUAAGUUCGCACAAACAUAAUCGUCCACCAAGCUAUCAGAAGCAGCGCAGUGUCUGUAUACCAUCAACUAUACCCACUACCACAUUAUCUUCUAUACAACUCGAAAACAACGACAAUGUAAACAACAACCGAUUGUCGUGGCCACAAUUUCGAAACAUUAAUCAAACGCAACACCCGUCAAAUGUAACCACGAUGAAGGGUUACUUAAUAAGGGGCAGGGAAGACCAGCCUCAUAGUAAUAAUAAACUCAGGCGAGAUACUCAUACUCCGCUAGAGAGGGUGCUUCCAAAAGACGAAGCAAACGUCAUGGAACGCGCUAAUCAAAUAGUCAUGAAAAAUAAAUCAUUUCGACCAAGAGAACGAGGUAAGAAGGGUUUAAAAAAUCUUCAAACUGUAAAAACACUUGCUGGAAGAACACAGAGUUAUGGUACAGGACCUGGAAAAGCAAGAAAACAACCCAUGACAGUAUCUGCACAGUUUCAGCAAAGUCUGCAUAGUCUUAUGGAUACUUUAAAUCAAGCAAAUCCUUUCUUCAUUAGAUGCAUUAAAAGCAAUGCUAAUAAAGUACCGAAUGAGUUUGACGAGGAAACAGUGCAACGGCAAUUAAGAUACACAGGAAUGUUAGAAACGGUCAGAAUAAGGCAGGCUGGAUUUAACGUUCGAUUAACAUACGAAGAAUUUAUUCAGUUGUAUAGAAUGUUGUUACCUAAGGGUUUGUUAAGUUCCCAGUCAGAUGUUAGAGAUUUUUUGUUGACGCUAAAUCUAAAUAGAGACAAUUACCAGCUUGGAACAACUAAAGUGUUCCUUAGAGAGUCAGAAAAAAUUAAACUAGACAUUGAAUUACACCAACAAAUCAUUACAAGUAUUACAACUAUACAAAAAUGGUUCCGUGCAUGCUUGGAGAGAAGGAAAUUCCUCCGAUUGAGAAACGCAGUUGUGCAGAUACAGUCAUUUUGGAGGAUGGUUAUUGCCCAAAGAUUUGCACAUUCUUUACGUGCUAGAAUCGAGGCUGCCGUUCAUAUCCAGUCUGCUUGGAGAGCAUAUAAACAUCAUAGUUGGUAUAAGAAACUGAAGUCAUGCGUAAUUACCUUUCAAGCUCACGUUCGAGGUAAUAUCGCAAGAAAGGCUUUUGCAGAACUAAAGAAGCGAAAGAAAUUGCCUAUCGAUAAAAUCGGAGAAUAUAAAGAAAUUCAAGAUCAAAGAGAUCUUGUUUAUGAUAACAGCAAGGUGUUCUCUAGGCUUAGAGAUAGUGAGGAGUCACUCACAGAAGAUCAUGGAUUGUUGGAAUUUAACACGGUUCGGAAGCCAGAGCCUCAAAAUCGUCUUACAUCGGCGAGAGCGGAUAAUGUGCUUCGAGACAAUAUGAUUGACACAAGUAUGUCAUAUUCCAAGCGUAAAGUUACACCAAAUACAAGAAUAUUGCACGAACCUAGCACUAUUCUGAGGAAUACGGAGUCUUUCCCCUCCGACGAUUUUAAUGAGCGUAAAAGCAGUUUGGAAAGUUUGACCAGUUUAAGGAGCUAUGAAUCUCAAGUAAGCGUUAACAGCUCUGAAUCUCAAGAAAAUUCCUGUUGUAAACCAGUACCGAGCACUAGAACGAAACGCGGUGGCGAUCAAUCUCCUGUUGUCACAGUACAUACAAACUUAGGAAAUGUUUCAAGCCGAUUGUCCUCUGUUAGUAGACGAGCGGAUAGCUCGUCGACGGGAUACAGUGAUGGAGAGACUGAUACAGAAAUCCCUAGUACCGUGCAAAGUGCUCCACCUGUUUUUAACGCUGCGCCACCAUUCCCAAGUCCACGAGAAAUUAAAUAUCACCAAUCGAACGUAAACUUAACGCAUAGCCCAAAUUCAGAUGUCUGGCGUCGUAGACCAGAUUUUUCGUCCAUUAAUUAUAGCGAUUAUUUAAUGUCUGGCCCUCAAAAAUCUACGUUGACUCGUUCUCCAAAUGUUACACAAUUUAAACAUGUAGCGGAUAACUUGUUCGAACAAGUUCAACAAGACAAACCGAAUGAAGCAUCGAAUUAUAAUGUGAAGUUGGAUAGUGAACGGUUUGUUCACGUAGAGAGUUCAUCGGGUAGAGAACAACGUCGACUCAGCGACAAUAGCGUACCGACUGAACGAAUAGAAAGCAUUCCAGCUUCACCUAUUAGACGCGAUCAGACAUACGGUCAUAAUAAAGAAAUUAAAGAUUUUAGUUAUUUAAGAAGACAAAACUCGGAGGGAGAUACAUCUAUGAAAUUAGAUGUUGUGAACGAUGAGAAUGUUUUGAAAUGUCCCUUGACGAAAGGAACUUCACCUAAAGAGAAGAAUACGAGACCAAAGGAAAAAUGCGAACCUGACGUACCUGUCAGAAGUGCGAGAAGAAACCGGCCCACUCGAGAAGUACAAUGUCGAUCCAUGGGCGAGAGUGUAUCGGAAAGCAAUAGCGGAGAAGCAAAAAGUCUAUUCUUAGGCACGAUUAAAGAGAGUGAUCUACACAAAUCGACAAAUGUGCGGUCUCGAAAGGACGGUUCGCACGAAACAACCGCGAGAUCGGUGACAGACUGGCCUGUGAACAAAAGCGAAUCUGCAUCGAAAGGGCAACAAUCUGGCAAACGUAUGAGAUCGAAUGCUAUAACAACGCUCGAAUUGAGGAGAAGAAAUUCGGAUCCAGCCACUAAAAUAUCAGGACUGAGCGAUGAUAAAUCUGGAGCCGACACGAGUCCUAAUGACUUGAAACUCGCGCCAGGACUCUUAGAAUGGAAAGGUAAUCAUUUCACGUUUGCCGGUCAUCGUUUCAGAAAAGUAGCGAGGUUUGCCAAAGACGAUGUAUGCGUUUGUUGCCACGAAAAGAUGGAUGCAUUCGUUACUCAGGGGUACAAGUGUAACGAUUGUAAACAGUUGUAUCAUGUUAAGUGUAUUCAGAAUGGCGGAGUACAUAAAAUGCCGUGCAUACGGAAAAACAGGAAACCACCGCGAACACCGUAUGACGCAACGAAACAAACAGUAGCAUCGAAGUUCAGCUUAACCGGCACAUCUGCUUUCUCUGAUAGUACCGAUAAAAUCAUAUCCGACGCGAAGGAAUUAGCUCUGAUGCAAGAUUUCAUUACAAAGAAGAUAUACAAGAUGGAAGGGCAAGAGGAGGGUAGAAAGCCUAGCGAAGUUGAUCGCGUGUUUAAGCAAGCUUUGCGUAAAUUUAAGGACGAUCUUGUGAUCACUUACAGCGUUGCUAUUCAGCAAGGUGUCGAAGGCAAUAUCAAGUACACUGACCUAAUAGCGAAUUUCUUACAUGUGAUGGAAACAGUUUGUAAACAAGAAAAUACCAGUGAAGAUUUUCCUGUGACGAUGGGAGUGAAUGCGUUCAGAGGAUUCAUGAACGAAUUUAUGACGCUAGUCAAAACCGAAGCACCGGAGAAACAGAGUAAAAGCAAACGUAAAAAGGAUAAGAAACGAAAACAAGAAGAGCCAAUACAACACGGUAAUCACAUGUUGCAGUUAACUAUUCUAAACAUACCUACAGCCUGUGAAGUGUGUACCUACUUCUUUUUAUGGCCUCUCGAGCGAGGACUUGUCUGUCAGAACUGUAAGUUAACGUGCCACAGAAAGUGCUACAUGAAAGCAUCGGCAGAGUGCGGGAAAGAGGCAUCGAUGCACGAAACGAACUCGCGUAAGGUGUUUGGUGUACCGUUGUACAAAUUAGACUGUGGUGACGGCAAAGUACCGGUAGUGGUGGAUCGGUUAAUCACAACCAUAGAGAUGCUGAAGGAGUUAAAGUUAAAAAUGGACGAAGGUGAUCUAGAGAGAGUGGACUUUGAGAAUUACCAAGUACACGUGCUUGCAGCAGUAUUGAAGAGUUUCUUUCGGGAUAUGCCCGAGCCUCUUCUCACGUUUGAAUAUUACGACGAUUUUCUCUAUGCUGCUAAUUUGACGGAUCCACGGGAUCGGAUCAGCACGCUUUUCGCCAUACUGAAAAAGCUACCGAAGCCGAACUUCGAUCUGAUGGAACGACUGAUCGUUCAUUUGGCAAGAGUGGCGCUUCACGAAGACGACAAUCGAAUGUCACCGUCAGCCCUAGCGAUAGUCUUCGCGCCAUGUAUACUGAGAACGAGCAGGACGCAACCUGCGCAAGAUUCGUUGCAAGAUGUUGGCAGGCAAACUUGUUGCAUCGAAACGAUCGUCCAAGAAAAAUUGAGGGUCGUACGCGCAACUUUAGCCGAUAUAAACACACUCGAAUCCGCUUGCCAUACGGCGAACAAUCGUUUAUCCAAUUUACGAUACUCGAAAAUCUUCAGUCCAGAGGAGUUAAACGCAGCAACCCCAAGCGCAACCGUAAGAGGCGGCAACACGGAUCGAGAGAGAGACCGAGGUGACGAGGAAGAAGCGCUCCUCGUCAACCACAUACAGGAAAUCCAAAAGGAAAAGGCCCUACUUACUUCAACUCUCCCCAGCCUAACGAGAGCUUCUUCAGACGACGACCUACUUCUACCUGCCACGGACCUGGAUGAUGGGUCUCUCGAUGAUCAUCUUCCAUCCUCUGCCGACGGACUCGUGAGGAAGAAACCUAUCCAGAGGCAAAGUUCCGCGGACAAUUCAUUUCCUACGAUCAUCAGUGUCGAUGAGGACAUGGUAAUGGUAUGA